AUGUAUAGAACAUCACGAACAUUUAUUCAAUGUAAAUGGCAAGAUUUAUCAGUUGGAAGUAUUGUUCGAGUACAUGUUGGUCAAACAGUACCAGCUGAUAUUCUUCUAAUAUCUUCGACAUCAUGUGAAGGUACUUGUUAUUUGGAUACAGCUGCUAUUGAUGGUGAAACAAAUUUGAAACAAAAAAUUAUUCCAUCUUGUUUUUUAAAUCUUUCGAAACCUGAAGAAACAAGUUUUGAAUUACAAUGUGAUCCACCAAACGAAGAUAUUUAUCAUUUUCAUGGUAGAAUAACAUUAUCAUCAGAAACAAAGAUUUAUCCAUGUGAUAAUAAUAAUAUUCUAUUACGUGGAUGUGUACUUCGGAUAACUGAUUAUGUUGAUGGAAUUAUUGUAUAUGCUGGUAAUCAAACAAAAGUUAUCAAAUCAUCGAAAAAAACGUCAAGUAAACAUAAAAAUAGUAAAGUUACACUUGAAAAUAAUACAUCA